UUGCAGUGCUUCACAUACGCCACGAGGGGUCAAAGUUGAACAGUUCGCCUUUCAAAAUGGCGACUGAACCAGCACGGGAGUGGAGCGAGGAGCAGCUAAAGAAUGACGAUUUGCCCAAAAAAGACCUUAUAAAAUUCAUUCAGGACAAUGCGGCCCACUCGUUUCUUAAUGAGCACAAGCUGCUGGGAAACAUCAAAAAUGUUGCCAAAACUGCAAAGAAAGAACAACUGAUCACUGCCUACAAUGAGCUCUUUGAGAGCAAAAGGUUUAUAGGCACAGAUCCAGUACAAGAAGUGACCGAGCAGGUGAAAGCGGUGAAAAUUGACGAAAAACCCAAAGAAGUCAAAACAGAGGUUGUCGAUGAGGGCCCACCCAAGUACUUCAAGUCGGUGCUGAAGAAAGGCGACAAGACAAACUUCCCAAAGAAAGGCGAAACUGUGAGCUGCUGGUACACUGGCAGUCUGGAAGAUGGAACCGUGUUUGACACCAAUAUUCCCCUAUUAGCCAGGAAGAAAAAGCAGACUAAGCCACUGAGCUUCAAGGUUGGCUUGGGAAAAGUCAUCAGAGGAUGGGAUGAGGCCAUUCUAACAAUGAGCAAGGGUGAAACAGCCCGAGUUGAGAUCGAACCAGAGUGGGCCUAUGGAAAGAAGGGUCUCCCCGACUCCAAAAUUCCACCCAAUGCCAAGCUGAUCUUUGAGGUGGAGCUUGUGGCUGUGGAUUAACUGACCAAUGUUGGCCUGCAUGCAUCACGUUUCCAGGAUGGACAACACACAUGUGAAUCUCGACUAUACUGUGCUCAGCUCCUCUGUGCCUGGUCUCACUUAUCAACACAUUAUGUACAACAGGCAGAUUUAAAGAAGAAAAUAUGACCAGUUAUCACUGUUAAAUUUGUUUGGUCAAAAUUGGAUGGCUUGUCAAUAAUGUACAUAUCCUGAGUUUGUUGUUUUUUUACAUGUACAAUGUAAUUGAUAAAUAAACCUGUUUAAUGGACUUAA